CGAUUUGUCGAGGAGCAAAGUUUCAGUUUUAACAAAUCAUUAAGUUCAUUGAUCGUAAAAUAUUGAAGCUGUGUUGUGUUACUUCGAAAAAAUAGAUAAAGUACACCAUACAUGUAAGCGUUAUCAUAAGGUCAUAUCGAUACUGGAAAUAAUUUUUCUCGUCAAUGUCACGCGAUCGUUAACGAGAAUGACAUUUUUGUGUCGUCGAUAAGAACGAGAGAAGAAGAUCGAUAAUAUUGUGAUAGUGAUAAAGUACAUUUAAGCCUCAUGGAAAGAUCACCGGAUGUCGAAGUUUAAGAUGAGAUCAAUCGAUUGAUCGAUCGUUUUUUAUAUUAUUACGUAUUCUAGAGUCGAUAUAAUAAGGUAUACGAUAUGUCAUAGCAAAACUAGUUUGCACGUGUUAUGAGUAAACUACUUGAGCGCAUGACCGCACGUGCACAUAUCGUAGCAAACAAAAACUAUCAAUUUAGAUUAGUUUGCUUUAACAAAAAGGAUAAUUUAAUAUUUCAAGAUUCGAUAAUAACGUUUAUUGAACUUGUAUAACUCGAAAAGUAGGAAACUUGAAAAGUCUGCUUGGUAAUCAGUGAACGAAGAAUAUUUUAUAAGAUGAAUUCUUUUUUGCCUGUUGGUAUAGUUGAAAAUAUAAUAUCACUAGCAGCGAUAACGUGUGUAAUGUUCAUACAAAUCGCAAGCCGAAGUAGAAACCGAUAUAUAAGUUUGGUUGACUUGUAACUUUGUUACGAGUCGAGCAAGAGAGAAAAAGUCUUUGUUUCGCAGAAGAAAAAGCCAGAAAAUCAAAUAACGACAAAAGGUCGAAACGGUGUCGGCAGUACUAUCGUAUUACGAUUACUUUUUAUCGAACAUUGAGAAUUUUUACGCAGGUCGUUGAGUACAUACACGCGUUCACUGACGUUUCAUUUUCUAUUGACCUAAAACAUAUAUAAUGGAAAACGAUACGACUCACUCUCCUUUUUUUCUUUUUGUUUUUUGUUUUCUCGUUAGCCUUUUUUCUCCUCUUUACAACCUGCUGUCCUAUAUAUUCGAGUAUCAAUGUGCGUGCGUGUACUUUAAUGAUUCAUUUAAAUUCCCAUGCUGAAUUUCUUUUCCUUUCUUUCUUCUUUUUUUUUUAUUUUUUAUUACGAGUAAAAAAAGAACACUAUAAACGUCCAAUUAAAAUUAUUUUUAAUCUUACAACUCGAGCUAUAGUACUAUUUUUAGUUAAAAUAAAAAAAGGCAAGAAACAUAACGAAAAACGUAGACGGGGAGAAUCGAUCGAUCAUUGCCGCGGCUUCGCUUUCGUAGCGCGUCGAUGGAAAAUAGGUUAAUUCUAGGACGCGCUAUCCCGGAGGACGAGGCAGAUAUUUAGGCCAUGACCAGGUCGCGAUCAAUAUAACGUCCCCCAACAUCGAGCAGCUUUCGACAAAAGUCUCCAUCGAAUGUCGGGACCGAGCAAUGUUCACGUGUAUUCAUUCUCGCAAUCGAGAUCGAUAUAUCACGGCACAGUCUACGAGUUGAUACGAAAUUUUAUUCAUUUUAAAAUAAGUUAUGGCAGUAAUAGUACGCCUUCUAAUGCACACAUGAAAUUCCCGCCAGAUUAUCCGUACAGUCCGCCAAGUAUUCGGUUCAUGACGAAAGUUUGGCAUCCGAACGUGUACGAGAACGGAGAUCUGUGCAUAUCUAUCUUGCAUCCACCGGUAGACGAUCCACAAAGCGGUGAACUGCCAUGCGAGAGGUGGAACCCAACGCAGAACGUUAGGACGAUCUUGCUGUCAGUGAUCUCACUCUUGAACGAGCCCAACACAUAUAGCCCUGCCAAUGUAGAUGCCUCGGUGAUGUACAGACGCUGGCGUGACUCCAAGGGGAGAGAUAAAGAGUAUGAAAAUAUCAUAAGGAAGCAAGCUCAAGCGGCCAAGAUGGAGGCCGAGAAGGAAGGUAUCGUAGUACCGGUAACAUUGGAGGAUUAUUGCAUAAAGACGCGUGCGAGGCCAGCCGAACAACAGUUGGAUAUGACGGAUUUCUACGACGAUGAAUACGAACUGGAUGACGACGAAGAUGAACAACUUAGCGCCAGCGAUUACGAAGAUGGCGACGAUAGCGGAAACGGAGAGUCGUGAUCCAUUUCUUAAAAUUAUAAAUUACGCGAAACGCUAAUUAUUACCAGUUCUGUAUAGAUUAAUAAAUUAAUGAGCUUCUAAACCGGA